AUGAUUAAUAAAAUUACUAAAAUCCCAGUGUCAAAAUUAUCAUCUGAAGAAAUCCAAAAACAACUGUUAAAUUUGAGCAAUUGGAAGUAUUCAAAUAAUGAAAUUUCAAAAGAGUAUAAGUUAGGGAAUUUUGAAGAAACAUGGGCUUUUUUGAAUCAAAUCUCAUUAAGAAGUCAUCUUUGGGGGCAUCAUCCUACAAUUACAACGACUUAUAAUCAAGUUAAAAUAACAUUAACUACACAUGAUGUUCAAGGUGUGAGUGAUAUUGAUAUCAAAUUUGCUAAAAGAAUCGAAGGAUAU